GUUUGCACUAGCUGCCUUCACCUGCAUCUCGCAGGCAAAGUCCUGAGCAGCGACCACGGAUCGUCAAGUGGAGAAUUCAAACACUCUGAUUAUCAGCCCAUCAUAACGUCUCUCCGACCCACCGGGUCGGUAGACUACUAUGCGAUCCUAGAACUGGACAAGGAUGCAACGCAGGAGGAUGUGAUAAGGGCUUGGAGGCGGUUGGUCCUGGUUCAUCAUCCAGAUAAGCAAUCUCGAUGGAGGAGUGCUGCAGCACUACCAGAUACUCACAUUACAUCAUUAUCGACAAUCUCGCCGACGACGACGACGACGACGAGAACGAGAACGGUGGAUAAUGAUGAUGAUGACUCGCCUGUGACACCUGAUAUUCGCCUGAUCAACGAGGCAAAGUAUGUCCUUUGUGAUCCGAUUCGAAGGGCAGAAUGGGAGGCAGCGUUCGAUGCUGCUGCUGGAAACGGUGGGGUCAGUGCUUCAGGACCCGUAACUGAUGUCUCGAGGUCCAGGCGCUGCAGGCCGCCAUGCUCUACCUCGUCAACCUCAUGUCACAUUGGAAGUCUCCCUGGAGGCAUUUACGCCGCAUUACGGACCAACGACAGGCCAGCACGAAAGGAACGAGGAAGAGGACAUUGAUACCGCUCCACUGUACUACACAUUCCCAUGUCGCUGUUCCUCAGAAUUCGUCAUCACCACGAAAAACCUGGAGGACGCAGUGGAAGUGGUCGGUUGUACUGGAUGUGGCGAGUGGGUCAGAGUGUUGUACGAGGUGGUAGAAGACUGAGCGAGCGAGCCAGCGAGAGCUUGCCUCAGAGUGCGCUUGGCUGAUGACAUGGUGCCCCAUUUCGAGUCGCUCUGUCGACCGUGCCUCGUCAUCUCCCAAAAAAAAAAACCAAACCAUGCAU